AUCUUGAAAGAUUGUCCCUGGGAUAUUCUCAAGCUUCGUGAAGUAAUCACGAAAAACUCAAACUUCGUGAAGUAAUCACGAAAAUUCGUCGAAUUGAUACGAGAUGAAAAACGAUCGCAGACUGCGCCGGUUGACACUUUGUUUUGCGACAACUGUCAUUCUCCGAUAAACAUACGCAAGGAAACAUCAAAGAAGACAAGAUAUCCGCGAUGAACGAGAACGAAAAUAUGGAGAAGCAACCUAGAUGUAAUACACGUUCCAAUCUUUCAAAUGAGAUGUUAUUCUAUGCUGUAUAUAUACCACCGGAAUAUAGAGAGUCAGAUGAGGAAGAAGUCUUUCAUAUUUAUUUAGAUAUACAGACUGCUUUAAAAGUGAUACAAAAUAACAAGAAGGGCCGUUUGAAAAUUUUCAAAAAUCAUUCUGAUGCUGUGGCAUAUGUAAGGGCUGGACACGAACAACUUUCUAGCAAUUAUUCCACAGUUAUACCCACUGUUGUGACACAAGAAAAAUCUAGUAAUUUUAAAGCACCAGAAGUACAGGAGCUUCAAGCUUUUAAAAGAUUAAUUGAAAAUGGAGAUUUGGAAUGUGUUAAGAAAACUGUAUGGAAAAAUCCCAGAUAUCUAAUUAGUAGUGCGGAUACACCUGCAAUUUUACAAAUGGGUUCCCGCUAUAAUGCUUUGCAUAUUGCAGCAAACAAGAAUAAGCCAGAAAUGUGUGAAUUUAUAUUAAAUACUGUUGGAGAUCCUAAGUUUAUGCAAUGGCAUUAUGGGGAAGAAGAGUGUAAAAAAAUGUAUUUUAACCCUGCACAGAUUAUGCAGGAUUUAUACUUAAAUACACCUGACAAAGGACUCAAUGAGACUCCGCUACAUUUUGCUGUUAAAUAUGGUCAUAAAGAUGUAGUCCGGGUUCUCGUCUCUUAUUCUCAAUGUAUUAAAACUUUGCCAAACAAGUAUAACCAGCUGCCUGUGGAUAUAAUAUGUAGCAGGAAGCAAAAUGAAGAUGAAAAUCUGAAGCGUGAGAUAUGUAUGCUAAUAGAAGAUCAAUUUUAUGUACCUGUAUUAAGAGCAGAAGGCAAUGCAUGUCCACCUAUCAUUGGAGAACCAUUUUCACCAACUAGUCCACUUAAUUUGAAUAUAGAUCCUAUUAGUCCACGAGUAGAAGUAAGGGCAUUUGCAGGUCCAAUGACUAAAUCACAGGCAGUAGAAUUUCGGAAAAAAUGGAAAACACCACCACGCGUUACUCCUAAGAAAGGACAAGGUGAUGCAUUCAAUAUUAGAAACAGUCCUAAUUUAGUUUUGAGACUGCAAGAUACAGAAAAAGGAUUAGAACGUGUUGGAAGAGAUCUUGCUGAGGAAUGUCAAGUGCCUUGGAAGGAAUACUGGCCGUUCUUGAAGGAUUUCGUCGAUUUCCGGAGUGACGAAGGAUUGGUAAAACUCGAAAAGUUUUUGGAGCAGAGAUUUAAGAAUACGGACCCAACAUUUUCUUCUAUGAAUAAUCAGACUAAUAAUAUGAAUACACAUGUGCCAGCAAAUUGCCAACAAAUGCCAGAAAAAACAAUUGUUAAUGAAGUAGAAAAUUUAUGUGAUAAAUUACGCUUAUGCUCAUUAGUUACUAAAAUUAAUGAAAUUAAAGAUGAUACAGAUAGCUUAGAAUUUUUCACACCUCCAUCUUCGCCAGAACCCAUCAAGGAUGAUUCUGAUGAUGAUAUGCAGACUGCUGAAGAAGGUUCUGUGAUAUUUAUUGAAGGAUCUUCACCAACAAAAUUAGAUCAUGCUGUCUAUAAUGCGCUUUUGUCUACGAUUUAUCCUGAUAAAUAUCCUUAUAUUUAUCGUUGGCGGCACGAUAUGCAGCUAGCUAUGAAACGUGAUCCAUAUAGAUUUAGUAAUAUAAAAUCGCUCAGGAAAAAAUUGUUUGUAAACAAUUAAACAAAAAAAAAAAAAAGGAAUUACAUUGACAAUCUGGAUUGCUGAACUUUGAAUUAGCAGCAUUGGCUUCUUCUUAGAUUACAAUCCUGCAUAAUAUAAGAAAACAAAAUUAAUUUACCUCGAGUUAGAGUUAAUUAAUGUAAUUGACUAUAGAAACUCUUAAUUAUGUUAAGGACGCUCAUAAAGCUUUUUUUAUAUAUAUUUAAUGUUGUUGCAACAAACUCUACAUUGUAGAUAAAAUAAGAGAAAAUGGAUAUAUAUUUUGAGAUGUUUUUACAGAAGACUUGUAACUUGAAAACUUUCGCGAUAAAAUUUUUAAAACUCU